UUCUCAUCCAUUUUUCUUUCACCCAUCCAAUUUUUUUUAGAGUUGAUGAUCUUCUGCCCAACAUUGUGAAAUCAAAAGAGGCACGCUUGAUCUCAAAUCUUCUCCACAAUUCGCUAUUAAGAUCGAUUCUUCAUUAGUUUUUCAAUUUUCAAUUCUACUAAAUGACUACAACGGGAGUUCACAAAACCUCUUCUUCUAUUUCUUGGAGUAGUUAUCAUGUGUUUUUGAGCUUUAGAGGCAAGGAUACUCGUUGGACAUUCAUUGAUCACUUGUAUAUAGCUCUAGUGAAUGCUGGAUUUCGUACUUUUAGAGAUGACGAUGAGAUAGAAAGAGGAGAAAAUAUCAAACUUGUGUUGGAGAGGGCAAUUAAAGAGUCUAAAGUUUCAAUAAUUGUCUUCUCCAAAAACUAUGCAUCUUCUAAUUGGUGCCUUGAUGAGCUAGUGAUGAUUCUCGAAAGACAAAAGAUGGGGGAUUUUCGCCACAUGAUUUUGCCAGUAUUCUAUGGCGUGGAUCGAUCGCAGGUUAGAAAACAAAAUGAGGAUUAUGCAGAGGCAUUCAUGAGACAUAAAGCGCAAUUCAAGGGAGGAAAGUCUGAAGCAAACAAAUGGAUGGAGAAAUUGAAAAGGUGGAGAAAAGCUCUGGAGGAAGCAACUAAUUUGCCAGGGAUGGCUUUACAUGAUCAACCAGAUGGGGACGAGUCAAAGUUUAUUCAAAACAUUGUCAAAGCAGUUGACGACAAGUUAAGGCCAACAAUCUUGUAUGUUCCCCCAUACAUCAUUGGACUGGAUUCUCGUGUCAGAAUGAUUAAUUUGUGGUUAGGAGAUGGAGGAAGUGACGCUAGAAUUGUUGUCAUCUGCGGGAUUGGUGGAAUUGGUAAGACAAUCAUUGCGAAAUUUCUGUACAACUUAAACUUCUCCAAAUUUGAAGGUAGCAGUUUCAUAGCAAAUAUAACAGAAGUUUCAAGACAACAAAAUGGCUUAAUUCAUUUACAAAGGGAACUUCUUUCAGAUAUUCUAAGGGGAAGAAAUGAGAAAAAGAUAAAUAAUGUUGAUGAAGGGCUUGUUAAGAUUAAACAAGUUGUAGGAUCUAAAAGAGUUCUUAUAAUUCUUGAUGACGUGGAUAAACGAGAACAAUUAGAUGCAGUUAUUGGAAUGCAAGAUUCGUUUUCUCCAGGUAGCAAAAUGAUCAUAACCACUAGACGAGAACACUUGCUAAGAACUCAUGAACAUUGCAUGAUACACAAGGUAGACCAGUUGAAUCCUUAUGAAUCCUUAGAGCUUUUUAGUUGGUAUGCCUUUGGACAAAACCAUCCUAUUGAUGGUUAUUCGGUGUACUCAAAGAGGAUAGUAGAGUAUUGCAAUGGGCUCCCGCUGGCUCUUAAAACUUUAGGUUCUUCAAUGUCUGGGAAAAGUUUAGAUGUGUGGAAAAGUCAACUUCAAAAAUUGAAAGCAAUUCCUGACAGUGAAAUUCUUAAAAAACUAAGACUAAGUUACAACUCUUUACAAGAUGAUCAUGACAAAAAUUUAUUCCUUGAUAUUGCAUGCUUCUUUGUGGGAAAAGACAAAGACUAUGCAAUUACAAUCCUAGAUGGAUGUGAUUAUUUCUCAUUGAUUGGAAUUCACAACCUCAUUGAUAGAAAUCUAUUAGGAGUUGACAUACACAACAAGUUGGUAAUGCAUCCAAUGAUUCAAGAAAUGGGAAGAGAAAUUGUUCGGCAAGAAUCACCCCAGGCGUUAGGAGAACGCAGCAGGCUUUGGAAACACGAGGAUUCCUUUAAUGUCUUGAGGGAAAAACUUGUAAGAAUUAAUCCUACUCAUUUAUAUUUGUACAUAUCUGUCAAUGAAUACUUUCUAAUUAUGUAUAAAUGCUUCCUCUCCUCCUUUCUUUUUCAGGGCACAAGAAAAAUUAGAGGCCUCACUCUUGAUACCCAUUUCUUAAAGGAAGAUAGAGCUAAAUGGAAUGACUUUGGGCCCCACGGAGAAAGUUGGUAUAACAAGCGUAAGAGAGAUUCCUUUUCCUUCUUCUCUAGUCUCUCUGUAGGCAUUGCUACAAAAACUUCAAAUGAAGUAGUAUUGGAAGUUGAUGCAUUUGUAGGCAUGUCCAACCUACAACUUCUGCAAAUUAGCAAUGUACAACCAUGUGGAAAUUAUGAAAAAUUUCCCAAGGGAUUGAGAUGGUUGUGUUGGUCAGGUUUCCCAUUACAAAGGAUGCCCGAUGAUUUCCCUUUGGACAAGCUAGUUGCUCUUGAAAUGCCUUAUAGUUGCUUGAAAAAGGUUUGGAAUGGAGUGAAGCACCUUACAUUAUUGAAAAUCCUCAAUCUAAGUCAUUCCAAUAACCUUUCUGAGACUCCCAAUUUUUUGAUGUUGCCCAAUCUCGAGAGACUUAUACUUGAAAACUGUGCAAGGUUGGUUAAGGUUCAUGAAUCUAUUGGACACCUAGAAAGACUUAUUUUCUUAAGCUUGAGGAAUUGUCAGAACUUGAGGAAGCUUCCUGAAAUCAUUUAUAAGCGAAAAUCUCUAGCAACACUUGAUAUUUCUGGUUGCAUAAAUCUUGAAAAUAUUUCGGCAGAGUUGGGCAAUAUGGAUUCUUUGACAGUGCUCCAUGCAGAUGGAAUUAUAAAAAGUCAAUUACUUUGUAUCACUCAGGAGGUCAAAGCGUGGCCUUUGUUUGUGUGGCCUUGGCAAUCAAGUCUAAGAAGUUGUCCAGAAACUUCACGGGCUUCUUUUCCCAAGUCGUUGGUGCAUUUAAGUCUAGAAAAUUGCAAUUUAUCUGAUGAUUGUUUCCCUCUUGAAUUUGGCAACCUAUCUUCAUUACGCAUAUUAAAUUUGAGCAAUAACGCAAUGUAUGGCCUCCCUAAUAGCGUCAGGGGUCUUUCUAGACUACAUGAAUUGUAUUUGCUAUCAUGCCCAAGGCUUAAGAACGUUGAUUGUUUGCCACAAAAUAUAGACUUAUUGAUGGCUGAAGGAUGUAAGUUGCUGGAAAAAAUAAGCUUUGAAACACAGGGCAUGUCUCCAAGGUUAGGCUAUAAUGGUUGUUUGAGUCUAAUUGAGAUUAAGGGCAAAUUCAAAUUGGAACCCUUAGAAAGUGUUGAUGGAGAGCUAAUUAACAAGUUUGGCUUAUUAGACUCUGAAGUUGUGGACAAAUCACCUGUAGAGCUUCUCUCAAGUAUUGUUGCCGUAAAAAAGAGGAUGUCUUGUCCCCAGGUGUUGCACGAACGUCACGUGCUAACCACUUUUAUGCGAGGGAACAAGAUUCCUACAAGUUUCAAUCACAAGAACAUAGGAACCUCAGUUUGUUUUACUAUUAUGCCCUCUGAUGUUUAUUUAAGAAUUCAAGGCUUGUCGGUGUGUUCUGUUGUUGCAUUUUCUAACCCUUCUGAUGCUUUAAUAGCUCCAUCUUUCUGGGGGGAUAGCUGGGGCUUACACACUAUUAUUAGUAAUGAAACCAAAUAUUUGAAAUGGAGCUACGGCCCGGCAGUCGUUGGCAUUCCAGGAGUUGAUGAGGACUUGUUAUGGUUAAGUUAUUGGAAGUUUGAGGAUCAUCAACUAGAAGGUGGCGACGUGUUGAACAUUUCAGUUCCUACAACUGAAGCUUUUCAAGUGAAGGAGGUUGGCGUUCGUCUUGUGUAUAGGGAGGAGGCAAAAGAACAGAAGAGCAACCAAGCUACCAAUUCAGAUGACGCCCGACCAAUCCAUUCCUUAUAUGGAAAGGCAGUUCCUAGUUGCUGCAAUGAGGAUUGCCAGAAGUGUAAGAACUAUCCGGUGCCUACAAAUCCGGCAAGCACCAGAGUCAUUCUUGUCGGCACUCAUCCUUGGUAUUGCACAGGUUGUCCCGACGGUUAUUCGGUAGACCACUAUAUGACUAGGACAGGUUAAAACAUUUGGAGGUAAUUAGUUGCUUGUGAUGGAUUGGAUUUUAUAUUUUGUUUGUUUCAUGCUCAUUUAUUUCCAAGAGAAACCAACAGUACUUAUUGGGAUUAGUGCUAUAAAUUUUAUCUGUG